AGGGAGAGGAGCAGGGAAGAUGGCGGCUGUGGUGGAAAAUGUAGUGAAGCUGUGAGUGGUCGUUUCUUUCUCUCCUAGACCGGGAGGUCUUGUAAGGGCCCUGGGAGUAGGGGCGGUGCGGGAAGGGAACGAGGCGAAGGGAGAGCCAGGCCCGGGAAGGCCGUGGUGCGACUCCUAGUGGGGAGGGCAACAGGAGACUCCAGAGGAGACGUUGCGCUUCUUUGGAAACUUGUGGAGGCCCGGAGGGGGCAGGCGGGAGCCGCGGCCGGGCCCUCCCUGUGAGGCUGGCGGCCUGAGCGCUCCCUUAGGGGUUACGACACCCCGAGUAUGGCGCCCUUGCCGCCUACGAAAGACGCACCGUCCCAGGCCCCCUUCCGAGACGCCUCCGUCGGAGGAGCCGGGCCCGGCCGGGCCGACCGUUUCGCCGCAGCCGGCCCGGAGCAACAGGCUCGGAGACUCGGUGGGAAAGGGCUGCGGGGCCGAGCGUUCCAAUAGCCUGUGACUUCGGGAGGCUCCGUGUCAGGGACCCCAGACUUAGACUCUUCUUGGGAAGAAUUGGUGGAGAAGCAGAUCCAGAAAAGAAAGCACUUAAGAGCAGCGGGCCUUUGUGCCGGCCCGUCCCAGCCGUCAAAACAUCGGGGACUGGACGGAAGCGGUCCAGACAGCUUCAUGUAGCCUAAAGUGACAUCUAGGUCUACGUUCCUCAUACUAGACGAUACCGUUGUGCUGGGCAGAUUUCAAGCGAAGUUAAAAGUUACAGGUGUCGGGAAAACGGAGAAUGCCUUGUUAGCCGCUUCCUGUGAGCUUAAAGAUGCUUUGGGACUUGGUUUGACCUCAGCUCCUCCCAGAAGAAGGAUCCGUGUUGAUCAGAUGUGAAUAUGAAUUGUUGCAGUUAGUGUAAGCUGCAGCACCAAAAUACUUGUUAAACCCUGAAGGCUGAGAGCAAGAUUGCGCCAUAUACAUGCUGCUUAUGACCAGAUCGUGCCUGGUACUGUAUGGUUUUCUAGCCUUUAAAGCACUUAAAGAUUUGCCCUUGAUUCAGAUUUCAGGUUGAGCCUUUUGAGUCCAAGAAGAUUCUUCCGCGUAUAAUUUGGUGGUGUGGGAAUGGGGAGGGGCCGAAGAUGGACCUGAGAGCAAGCCAGCCGCCUAUCAGUAAUAGCACUCAAUAAAAAAAUAGGCUUCAGGAAGUUCGGGGAUCUGCAGAUGUCUUCCACCGACUGUAAAAUCAGCAUCUAGAAUUAAUUAUGAGUUGGCUAAAUACCCAGCUCAAAAUUCAAAUGAUACAGAAAAGCAGCCUUGGGGAGCAGUACUACAAAGAUGCCAUGGAGCAGUGCCACAAUUACAACGCCCGCCUCUGUGCUGAGCGCAGCGUGCGCCUGCCUUUCUUGGACUCCCAGACUGGCGUAGCCCAGAGCAACUGUUAUAUCUGGAUGGAAAAGCGACACCGAGGUCCAGGGUUGGCUUCUGGGCAGCUGUAUUCCUACCCAGCCCGGCGCUGGCGGAAGAAGCGACGAGCCCACCCCCCAGAAGAUCCACGACUUUCCUUCCCAUCUAUUAAACCAGACACAGACCAGACCCUGAAGAAGGAAGGCCUGAUCUCUCAGGACGGCAGCAGUUUAGAGGCUCUGUUGCGCACCGACCCGCUGGAGAAGCGGGGCGCCCCAGAUCCCCGAGUUGACGAUGACAGCCUGGGCGAGUUUCCUGUGACGAACAGUCGAGCACGGAAGCGGAUCCUAGAACCAGAUGACUUCCUGGAUGAUCUUGAUGAUGAGGAUUAUGAAGAAGACACCCCCAAGCGUCGUGGCAAGGGGAAAGCCAAGGGUAAAGGUGUGAGCAGUGCCCGUAAGAAGCUGGACGCUUCCAUCCUGGAGGACCGGGACAAGCCCUAUGCCUGUGACAUUUGUGGAAAACGUUACAAGAACCGACCAGGCCUCAGUUACCACUAUGCCCACUCCCACUUGGCUGAGGAGGAGGGUGAAGACAAGGAAGACUCCCAGCCACCUACCCCAGUUUCCCAGAGGUCUGAGGAGCAGAAAUCCAAGAAAGGUCCUGAUGGAUUGGCCCUGCCCAACAACUACUGUGACUUCUGCUUGGGGGACUCGAAGAUCAACAAGAAGACGGGACAACCCGAGGAGCUGGUGUCCUGUUCUGACUGUGGCCGCUCAGGGCACCCGUCCUGCCUUCAGUUCACGCCCGUGAUGAUGGCGGCAGUGAAGACCUACCGCUGGCAGUGCAUCGAGUGCAAGUGCUGCAACAUCUGUGGCACCUCCGAGAACGACGACCAGCUGCUUUUCUGUGACGACUGCGAUCGUGGCUACCACAUGUACUGUCUUACCCCGUCCAUGUCUGAGCCUCCUGAAGGAAGUUGGAGCUGCCACUUGUGUCUGGACCUGUUGAAGGAGAAAGCUUCCAUCUACCAGAACCAGAACUCCUCUUGAUGUGGCCACUCCCUGCUCCCCCACACGUCUAGGGCUGUUUCUCUCCUCUCUCGUUUCUCGUACCCAUCCCCCCCCCCCAAUCUUUCACAAGUCCAGAGAACCUUGGGGUGGUCAUGCCAACCUGCUUUUGGCAGCAGCAAGCUGGGGUGGCCGCUCUGACCGCCUCUGGCCCCAGGUCCUCAGGGAGAAAGGAGCAGCGCACUGCCCGAGGUGCACCUGCGGGCCCAGCUCCUCACUGCUCUCCAUGAAGUGCAUUCACUCGGCUUGCCUUGGGCCCAGGCCCUGGUUGUCACAGGGUUCACACAGUGUCCUGCGAGAGAGAGAGUGGGAGAGCAGCUCACUUCUCUCUGGGCUCUGCCUCCACUCUGGUGUCCGGGGUUUUCCCUCCCCCUGAGGCGAGCCUGGCCAGGGCCUCUGCCAGGAGUGCCAGGAGGGCGUGACUGAGAGGCUAAGGCAGUGCUUGCGAGCUUCAUGCCCUUUGUGAUGCUUGGCCUCACCGCCACCUCCCUCCAGAGGGGCCCGCCGUGGCCCUCCGUUCCUGCCACAGAGGAUCCUUUGUCCAAGCCAGGGCGCCCUUGGUCACCCCUGGCUCUGCCCUGCCCCAUUCCACCCCAGGGGGAGUAGCAGCUUCACCCUGAUUCUCCCCUGUGCUCACCUGGUGUCUAGUGACUGAAGCAUUCCCUACCCCCAGAAUUUCCUGCCUCCCCUCCUUACUCCUUUUGAUUUUGUGGGGAGAGGGGAAGCAUCAGGGGGCCAGGCCAGCAGCUUGCGGGCCGCAGGGAGACACGUUGGGUCAUGUGCCUGUUUUUUAACUUUGCUGUAAAAGCCUACCUCCAAACCCCCCUUCUGUUCUCCCGGACCUGGGCAUUCAGCCUCCUGCCCUUAGCUGAAGAGGAAGCCUCUGCCUCCUGCCCUGUGCAUCCUGGCGCUGAGUCACAGGGACACCACGUAGACAUCCCUUUCUUCCCUUGCACGCUCGCUAGCAGCUGGUAAGGUCUUCACGCCCUGGUUCCUCAGUUUUCUGCCUGGUGGCACUGACAUUAAGUAGUUGGGGGCAGUCCAUUCCAGGGUACCCUGAAGUGGCCGCCUCCCUUGGCCACAGGCAGGCACUAAUUUACUGUUGCUCUGGAGUUGAGGUCCUGGUUUUGUUCUUUUUUUUUUUUUCUCUAGUUCUUGUAUUCUAAACAUUAGUACAAAUAAACAUUUUUACACGGAGAUCUCUGCUGGGUGGUUUAUUGCCUCACCCCCUGACAGUUAAGGAAGUCCACUUUAUCCUAAAACUUUCUUCCUUAGGACAGUGGUUUUAAACGUUUUGAAGUACAGCUUUUUUUGCCCAGAUAUUUCUGUUGAACCCCAAUAUGUAAAACAGACAA